AUGUUUUCCAAAAUUUUGGUCUAUACAUAUCUCAUUACCUUUGUCAUUGCUAAGCCGCAAGACCCCAAUUCACGAGUUCACGACCACAAAUUGGGUGAAAAUCUAGUUGGUUUGGAUGAACUCACUAACGGACAGUCUUCUUCCAUGACCAAACAGGAAGGCACAAAGCUAUUAGCUGACAUUGUCUACAGAAUGGACCUAGAUAAGGAUGGUUAUAUCACAGAAGAAGAAUUACGAAAAUGGCUCAAACAUGUUGCUUCCAGGUAUGUUGAGCAAGAUGUUCAACGUACCUUUGACGAACAUGUUCGAGAAUUCAAGACUGAUUAUGUUACUUUUGAACAACACAAAGCUAAACUUUUAGACGACUUUGAUGAAGACGAUUAUGAAGAUGAUGAUUUCAAAACUACUAUUGCUCGAGAUGAAAAACGCCUCAAGAUGGCUGACAAGGAUGGUGAUGGAAAACUUACGAAGGAAGAAUUUGCUGCUUUUCUGCACCCCGAAGAGUUUGAAGAAAUGAGAGAUAUCGUAAUUGACGUACGUUGA